CCUCCUUCCCUUCCUUCCUCUUCCCCUCCCUUUUAUUUUUUUUCCGUUCCUGUCUCUCUGUCGUACUGGGCUUUGUUGAUGUUAUUCGCCCGGGCUUAGGUAUUGUGUUGGAAAGAAAGAGGAAGAGAGAAGAGGAAGAGAGCUCGAUUCCCAUGCUUGCCGGCAAGAUCGCCUGUCUUUGAAGAUGGGCCGAAGGCUCUCGACGUGCCUCGUGCUGUUGCGGGCUUUCCAGCUCCUGGCAGCUUUUAUCCCGGGGGCCAUGAACGGCUGGCUCACUUACUACCUUUAUGCCAAUAAGUUGGGUCCUUCAGCGAUUAUACUUGUGGUGGAGAUACUGGCUGCUUCCGUGUUUGUAUACGCGACACUCUCGUUGUCCAUAAUACACACUCGUCAGCGAUCCAGGAGGACACCCUUCUUGGUCUGCACGAUCUGUCUGGAUGUGGUGUUUUGCUUCAUCGACAUCACCAUCUUGUCACUGUUAUCUUUUACUGGCCUGCCAUCAAACUGCUCAGGCCUUACAACUUCAACCUGGUUGAAGGGGGACAAGCCAGACCUUCCCACUCGCGGCUACAGCACAAUCCGCUUCAGCAAUGAGCAGGAUGGCCACCGCGGCGAGCUGGACAAAUAUUGCAGCAUGGAGCGUGGAUUCUUCUUCUGCACAGUCCUCACGAUACUUACAUUCAUAAUCACGAUAAUACUCUCUGUCAUCCGUAUCUGCGAGAACAACUACACCCGCAACAGCGAGAUCCAGUAUCUCCUGGACGAGAGGGAGGAGAUCCUGAAACUGGAGCUCAAGGUCCAGGAACAGGAGUUCAACAGGUCACAAACGCGCUCGCCGGCCAUUCUAUCGCCCUUGAACAUGUUGCCACCGUCCAACAUACUGCCACCGGCAGCACCUGUGCCCAAGUUCACCAGUGAUGAGGAGGCGGCGAUAGAAGCGUCUAUCCUGGCGUCUCUUGGCCGAUCACCUAAUCCAUCAUCGCCGUCAUCAUCCUCCACCUCCUCCGCCGCUGUACCCAUGCCUUCUCCUCUUUCUUCUCCAUCCAGCAGAUUUAUGGGCGCCGGUCUCCCAUCGAUUCCCGAGGCGGCAGCUUCAUCCUCCAACACCGAACCACACAUCCAGACAAGCCCACCAGACAGCCCAUCCACCCCUGACCACCAGCAGCUACCAUCGCCUUCCUCCAUACUACCCAUCGUCGAACCCGAGCUGCUUGACGAGGCAAGCGAGGAGGAAAACGCCGCCAACCUGGCCAUGGUGUCCGACGGCUCGCGGUACAGCGGUCACUUCGCCGCUGAUGGCCACAAUCACAACAACCAUCACCAGCUGCCGCCUUACUCGCCUGGCAAUGAGCGCACGAUGGACGGGCAUGGGUCGGAGAGUAAUGAGAUCCGGCUGAGUGAAUAUGUCAAGGGGGAGACGAGGGCACAAGAUAUGAAGGAUGAUGGGUCGUUUCAAUGAGGAAGACAGAAAAAUUAAGAAAAAUCGAGAAAGCGAGGUGAAGUAACGGAACAUAUCAAGCAUGGACUGAAUGGCGCGAUCUUGGAACGGCAAUGUGAUUUCAGGGUGUUUGUUCAAUGAUAUUCUUUCUUGAGGCCUUUUCUUUUCAUAUCAUUUUCGCGGCUGCGGCAAAGCGUGGCCAAUGUUCUUUUCAUAACAUUCCCUCUCAUACCUUUGGUCUUGAAAGUCUCGGGACCUCGACUUUUGUACAUAAAGAGGUCGCUUUUAUAUUCAACGAGCCAGGGGCGCGUCCUGAUACC